GAAGGAAAGAAAAGUUUUUGUAAACAAACAAAUAAAAAUCAUAUUUUCAAAUAAAAUACUAUAAAUUUGUUAAUUGGCAAUGGAAGUCAUAAUAAAUACUGAAGAUUCAUGUCGGACGUGUUUGCAAGGUGAAUGCACGUUAGUUAAUAUAUUCGAAGAUUAUGAAGGACGGCCCAUAAGCCAAAUACUGAGUGAAUUAUGUGGACUCAACAUUGAAGCCGAUGAUCAGCUCAGCAAGAAGAUUUGUAAAAAUUGUGUCUCGAAGACUCUCAUGUUUCUGUCAUUUCGUCAAGUAUGUAUUGAUUCUGACGAAACAGUUCGUUACAAUUUAUUGAUAGCAGAAGCAGAUGGAUCUGAAAUGAUGUCUGUAGUUAAUUUAAAAGUCGGAGACGAUAUUUCUGGAAAUAUUGAUGAAUAUUUAAUUGCUGAUGAAGCGUCCGCAUCUCAAACAAACUACGAAUUACAAAGAAGCGACGAAACAGAGUAUGAAGAAAUAUUUCUCGAUGAUGAUAGCGAAGAGAUUGCCGAAGAUGCUCAUCAAACAAUUCCUGAAGCUGAAUCAUUAGACGAAUGUUUGGAUGUAAAAGACGAAAAACCGGAACCAAAGAUGAUCGAAGCAGUUGUUACAAAAAUCAACUCACAAGAGCCCAUUGUUAUUACUCGAUCAUGUGAUGAACUCACACAGAAAAUGCGUGAAGUUCAUUUUGCAAAAGAGCAACAAAAGAAGCACAAAUGUCCGCAUUGUGACAAAUAUUUCAUGUUUCCAUCGAAAGUGAACCGUCAUGUUCAAGCAGUUCACAAGACACUGGAAGAUAAACCAAGAAAAGAUAUUAGAAAGAACCACUUCUGCAAUAUUUGCGGAAAGGCUUUUGUAAGUGCGUUCAAAGUCCGUCGUCAUAUGGUCGUGCAUGAUACUGAACUUAAAAUAGGAUUGCAAAAGAAUUGGUCAAGAAAUUAUUUUCUAUGUGAAGCUUGCAAUAAAAAGUUUCACACUCAAACGACUUUUGAUCGACACAAGUUGAUAUGCAAGUUGCUUCAGGAGUCCUUCAUUGAACGUAAUGAAGGUCACGAAUAUCUGUGUUGCAUUUGUAGUCAAAAUUUUCCUACACAUGAUGAAAUGGUUGAUCACAUGAGGACACAUUCAUCACUUGAACCAGUUUCUUGCAUUCUUUGCAGUAAUUUUGGUUCUUAUUUGAAUGAUAUGAUAAGACAUGGAAAGUAUCACGAUGAAAAUGUGACUUAUCGGUGUUGUGUCUGCAACAAAAAUUAUCCAAAUGGAGAAGAAAUUGUCUCACAUCUACUACGACACAAAGAUUACAAACCUUUCACUUGUUCCGAAUGCAGCCGAUCAUUUUUUGACAAAUAUAAACUUCGACAACAUAUGAACACUCACAUUGCUGAUGCACCGAAGAAUUUCAUUUGUAGACAUUGCAAUCGAGGAUUUACAGCUCAAGAUUAUCUCAAUUGUCAUAUAAGACGAAAACAUUCCGAUGUUAAGCCGUAUCGAUGUGAUUUCUGUCCAAAGACUUUUGCCUUUGCUCAUGAUCGUAAUUUGCAUGUCACCAAUCAUAGUGAGAAAAAAUAUUUAUGCUCAAUUUGCGAUGCUUCAUUUACAAGAUCGUGGUCGCUGAAGCAACACAUGACAAUUCAUGACCCAAGCACUGAAGGUUUAAAAUGUGAAUUCUGUGAUUUUAUGUCAACAACAAAAUAUCGAUUGCAACUUCAUUUAAUGACACAUGAGGAACAAAAUCAAUUACAAGACAACACUAUCGAAGAGGAAAAUUACACAUUUUUAGAAGAUGUUAAUGAAGAUUCAAACGAAACGUACAAUCUUGUUGAAAUCCAAACUUCAUAUUAA